AAUCAGCACGCGGAAGAAAGACCGCCAUUCAAGCUAAAGCAACCUCACAACGUGAGCGUUUCGUUGCCGUGCACUCUGAUAAAAAAGGUGCAAUUUUUUUUUAAACCAAAUACCUACACCGCUGGUAUUUUCUUGGAAGAAUGGCGUACAGGGGACAAGGACAGAAGGUCCAGAAGGUUAUGGUGCAGCCCAUUAACCUAAUUUUCAGGUAUCUACAGAAUCGCUCACGGAUCCAGGUCUGGUUGUAUGAACAGGUGAACAUGCGGCUAGAGGGCUGCAUUAUUGGUUUUGAUGAGUACAUGAACCUAGUUCUAGAUGAUGCCGAGGAGGUCCACAUGAAGACCAAGAACAGGAAGCCGCUGGGGAGGAUCAUGUUGAAAGGAGACAACAUUACCUUGCUGCAGAGUGUUGUGACCACUUAGGACAGUGGCGACGCCUACAAAAUUGUACCUUUCUUGGAAAGAAAUGUUCAUCUUUUUUGUUUUUGCAAAUUGGUGUUGCGUGUUUGUUUAUACAACAUGAAUAUUGUAAUUGAUUCUUUCUAACACGUGGUUAUGAGAAUAAAUCUUUUUUUUUCUUUUCUUACA